AUGGUGUCGAUAAAAUACAAUUACGUAGUGGACAAGCAUGGUGCGGACACAGGGAAGAAAACAAAACCAAUUCACACAGAUUUCUACACAAAUGAUGAGAUGAGGAUUGUGAUGGUGGGGAAGACUGGAACUGGAAAGAGUGCUACUGGAAACACUAUUCUGGGCCGUAAGUGCUUUGAAUCCAAGUUCAGUCCCAUAUCUAUGACUGUAGAAUCUUCUAAAGGAAAAGCUACAGUGGGUGGACAUCGCGUUGCUGUCAUUGACACCCCGGGCCUGUUUGAUACCAGGGUUGAUGAAGAGGAAACUCAGAAAAAUAUAUGCCAGUGCAUCUCCUAUGCUUCUCCAGGACCUCAUAUCUUCUUGGUGGUCGUCAGACUGGGCAGAUUCACUGAAGAGGAAAAACAGACGGUGCAAAAGAUUCAAAAAAUCUUUGGCCACUCAGCAGACAAAUACAGCAUGGUUCUCUUUACCCAUGGGGACCAACUUGAAGGCACCACUAUUGAAGAGUUCUUAGAAGGAAGCUCAGACCUUCAGGAACUCGUGGCCAGAUGUAACGGUCAGUACCACGUCUUCAAUAAUAAACUGAAGGAGAGCUCUCAGGUCACUGAGCUGAUCCAGAAGAUCAGAGAGAUAGUCCAGAAGAACGGAGGAAGCCACUACACCAAUGAGAUGUUCCAAGAGGCUGAGAGGGCGAUUGAAGAGGAGAAACAACGCAUCCUGAGAGAGAAAGAAGAAGAAAUACAGAAAGAAAAGGAGAAAAUGGAGAGAGAAAUACGGGAAAGAUAUGAGAAAGAGAUGCAGAAAUACAACAAACAACUCCAGGCUGAGAGAGAGAGGGAGAGGA